GCGAGUCAGGGGAGAGGGAAUCUUUCUGUCCUGUCAGAGUGAGGCCAAAUGCAAAUUGGAAGAACAGCACCUCAUAUUUUGUUUGGGCAGGGUUGAUAACUGGAGCACUAGAAUGGAGACUGCAACUGGAACUGUUUGUUUUCACCCGAUUCUGUCCAGGGCAGCGGCUGGCAGUGACAGCUCCACCCUAGCGAAUCCACCAGGCACAGAAGUAGCUGUUGGCCGCGAUUGAAAGUGGCCGCUUGUGGCGAGGAAGCCAAUGCGGUGAAGGAAACGGUAACAGUCAGCGCUUGAGUUGCCGCCUCCUCCUUCCACUUUCUGUAUCAAUCGCUGCUGCGCCGAGGACAUCGCGAGGAAGAGCGGCGAGGUGCUCAUUUUACAGUAUACUCACAAUGGGCAAUGCAGAAUCACAAGAACCUUUGAAUCACUCGGAGACUGAACCGGCAACACUGAAACAAGACAAGGCUGGAUCUAGUCAAGAGAUUAUUCAGAAUGGACCGACUCAGCAAAAUACCUUGCAAAGUUCAGUUCAGGAUAUCUGGAGAUUUGAUUACCUGAUGAGGAAAUUGCAUUUAAAAUCCAGAAAUGGCAAAGAUAGAGGAGCAGAAGGUGAACAGGAUUCAGAGGCGUCCACUACACGCAAGGCGAUGGUGGGAAGUGCCUCCACGAAUGCAGAGGAAAUGGAACUGGAUAAAUCUACCAAGCCCGUUUCGAAAUCUAUAUUUUCCUUCUCGUUUGCUCGCUCUGUACCAGGGCGUACUGAUGACUCUUCCACGGAGCCAAAAUCAGAAACAGCUCAGCUCCAGGCCAAUCAAAAGACCUCUGGGAACACAGCGCCCAUUGAUAAAAUGAAUCUUCGACAAUCCUCCCCACAAAAGGGAGAUUCGGCUCAAAAGCAACGGCAACCCUCCACCGAGUCAUUCAAUGCUGCAGAGUCCACGGAGAAAGAAACAGGGCAACCAAAGCAAAAAGAAGUAAGCUUUUUUGACAAACUUUUCAAACAGGGUGAUAAAAGCAAACAACAGAAUGGGCACAGGGGAGAUGUGAAGACUGCUGGAAGUCAGGACCUAACUGCAGCCGACAGGGAAGCUGGUGAACUGAUACACAGGCUGGAUAACGUGCAUCAGUACUUGGAAACUGGUAAUGGUAACAAGAAUCAUAAGGCAUCACCCAAUGCUGACAACUUAUCUCAAAAUCCAGCAUCUGCCAGAUCAUCGGAGAAGGAUUCUGAGAAGGAAAAUAAAGCAGAGACCCCUGCAGACGAUAAUUCUGUCAUGAAUUUCUUCAAAACACUUGUCACCCCAACAAAGUCCUCUUCCAAGACAGAACUUGAUUCGCAUCAAGCUCCAGAUGACAAGAAGAAGGUAAAUGGUGACCACAAAGAACCAGCAGGCAAGGCCCACAAAUCAGAACAGGAGGCACUGAAGGCAAAAGAUACAGAUUUGUCUGAAAGACAAAAAUCAGAAAAGACACCAACACAAAGUCCAUUCGGAAAACUGUUUAAACAAAAGGCUGUCAAGGAACCACAGUUUGAACAAGAAAACGUGGCUUGUUCCCCUGAAGUGAAAACAGAAAAAGGCAUGUCCCAGCCACAAAAACAGAUUUCAAAACAGGGAAGUAAAGAUUCUGAAGCAGUGCAGGAAGUAAGGUCUGAAGAAGAAGCUAAACCAGCCAAGAAGGGUUUUCUCAACUUCUUCAAACAGACGGAAUCAGGCCCGACAGAUGACUCUGUAAAGAAGGGACCUGAAACUGAAGAAAAUUCAGUGCAGCAACCGAAAAAGGUCAAUGGCAAUUCAAAGCAGAAAAAGUCCGUUCCAGAAGAGGAAAUUCGGAGAACAAAAUCUUUGGAAGCUCUUCCUCCCACACAGCAGCCAAACACCACUUCAGAACCGAUACCAAAUGGCAGCAAUAACCAAACCAAAGAAACUCCUGAGAAGAGACUGGAAAAGAGACAGUCAUUUGGGAUGUUCCUAAAGCAGUUGGGAGGGAGAAAGACAGCAGAUGCCGCUGUUCAGACAGAUCCUGUUGUUAUCCAUCCUGCAGGGAAGACAAAGUGAUACCAGGCUGCACCACCAGCACCCCAGCCCCAGAAAGCUGGGCAACAGGCUUUAAUACUCGGUGAAAACACAUACCAUUCACUGAAGAUGGACACAAAAUGCUGGAGUAAUUCAGUGGGGCUGGCAGCAUCUCUGGAGAGAAGGGAUGGGUGACGUUUCGAGACGAGACCUUUCCUCAGCCUGAGGAAGGGUCUUGACCCGAAACAUCAACCAUCCCUUCUCUCCAGAGAUGCUGCCUGUCCCGCUGAGUUACUCCAGCAUUUCGUGUCUACCUUCGGUGUAAACCAGCAUCUGCAGUUCCUUCCUACGCAUGCCAUUCACAGGUCUGAUUACCCCUUUUGUUUCUGUACGCAGUCAGGCCAUGCCUGACAAUAUCAUCCCAAUUUAAUUUCCAGUUCAAGGAGGCUGUAGCAAACAUCUGAACUUUUUACAUUACGUUGAUAGAUUUAAAUGACAUUAUUUUCUAAGUAUUACAUAACUGUGGAAAUUCAUACAGUGCACUAAUCGUAUUGGUAAUUACUUUUUUAAUUCUUUUUAUAAUAACAUCAGAUACUUAUUGCAGGAAAGCAUGCUGGUUUUUAUUUAAAGUACUUUUCAAGAUAGUUGCACUUCGUAGGGUUGGAAUGCCAUCACAAAUCGGCAGUGUUGAGCAAGAGCAAGAACAUUAUUGCCAUCAAUGUGAUAUCUUGGAACACCCAAUGAAGUAAAACGUGUAACUGCUGGAAGAACACACUGGUUCAAGCUGCAUCUGUGGAGGCAAAGAAAUUAUCAAUAUUUUAGGUCAAGACCCUGUAUCAGGACAAGGGAGUAAAGGGAAGAUAACAAGUAAACAGAAGUGAGGGGGAGGAGUGGGACAGAAACCAGGAGGUGAUAAGUGAAGACAGGCACAAAAUGCUGGAGUAACUCAGCGGGACAUUUCGUUUCGAUUGAGACCCUUCUUCAGACUCCACAGAUAAGUGGAACCAGGUGAAGGUAGGCAUGAGGGGCAGAUGGAGAAGGGGAAGGGAGAGGAAGAGAAGAGUAGGCUAAUGAUAGAUGGAAACACCUACCCUACCCUUCUGCCAACUUUAUCUGUUACCACUGUCUCCAUACUACCCCUCCCCUCCGCACCUGGAUCAAUUUGAUGAGUGGGUCGGUGACAGUCAAAUGGAUCCAGGUUUCCACCUUUCAAAUAGAUCCACCUUUCAGCUGCCAGCACAGUCUCAUUCCCCUCUCCCACUUCUGUCUACUCUCUGUCUUCAUUCAUGGUUCUGAUGCCAGGUCUCACAGAACAAAGAACAUAGAACAGUGCAGCACAAGAACAGUGGGUGUCACGGUGGCGCAGCGGCAGAGCAACUGCCUUACUGUGCCAGAGACCCGGGUUCGAUCCUGACUACGGGCGCUUGUCUGUAUGUUCUCCCCGUGACCUGUGUGGGUUUUCUCCAAGAUCUUCGGUUUCUUUCCACACUCUAAAGACGUACAGGUUUGUAGGCUAAUUGGUUUGGUAUAAAUGUAUAAUUGUCCCUAGUGUAGCGUAGGGCAGUGUUAAUGUGCGGGGAUCAUUGGUCGGCGUAGGCUCGGUGGGCUGAAGGGCCUGUUUCUGCGCUGUUUCUAAACUAAACUAAACAGGCCCUUCGGCCCACAUUGUGCUGAAUACGAUGCCAAGACUAUCUCUUAUCUGCCUGCACAUAAUCCAUAUUCCCUGCAUAUCCAUGUGCCUAUCCAAACGUCUCUUAAAUGCCACUAUUGUAUCUGUCUCAACCCCAAACACCAACCAUCUCCUCUGCCUCCACAGUUGCUGCCUAAUCCAUCAAGAUCUUCCAGCAGUUUAUAUUAUCAUCCAGAUUCCAACAUCUGCAGUCACCUCUGGUUCUACAAGUGUUUGGCUCAUGUGCUCUGUAGUCAGUGGUCUGUAAAAUGCCUCCAACAUUCAAUGCACUGAAAUUUAUUUUAUAUUCCACGCCACCAAUUUGGGAUGAAUUUCUUUGUAAUUCUUGUUAUAUGUUAGAUGUUAUAUGUUAAGGAAUGAAUUGAGUGUAUUAACAUUAAAUCCAUGUACCAGGAUGGGGAUUAGAGUUGGGAUUACAUUGAGUUCUAACAUUGUUAUUAAUUGUUAUAAACCUUAAAUUUAAUUGAAUUGACGCUCUUAAAAAUGUUUAACCAAUGAAUCCAGAUUGAAGAAAGAUAAUUUAGGCUGUUUCUGUACACCAGGGGGCAACAAAACCUUGAUUUGUAGGGAAGAGCCCAUUUUUGAUUAGUUUUUCAAACUUUUCAUUUUGGGGGGAUUUUAUUUCAAAUGGUCUGAAAACAGUUCCACAUUGGCAUGUUAAAAAUCCAUUUAAUUAUGCCUGACACUUUAAAUGCCAGUUGAAAUUAUCUGCAAAUAUCUUGCUAAUUCAGUGCUCUGUACAUUUGGAAUUAAAUAUAUAAUUUGACCAAUUAAAUUUGAUGGCACAUUAGCAGUAACAAAACAUGAAAUUACAUUAAACAGAUUUCAUUUUUUUGUAUUGCAUUAUUAUUCAUAGCUAACAAAACUGUCUUCCGUUAGUUUCUGACAACAAGGGUUCAACAUUUUUUAAAGUUAAAACCAGAAAAAAAUGUUAUUUUACCAUAAAAUAAUUAAGGUAUAAAGCGUUCAUCGUGUGUUAAUUACGCUAUUAAAACAUGCAGAGAACUAGGAAUUUCAGCAACUCAUAAUGAAUUGUUUUUCCUUUGGGCACUUCCUUUCAGGCUGUGUGCUUGCAUUCUUUCUGAUUCAUUUGUACACAAUUCAUUACUUGGAGCAAUUAAACUUAUUUUUACCGUUCAAAAUCUUUUCGGUGUUCCUUUGUUUAUUGAAAUGCCCCCUUUUAAAAAAAUCAAUCUUACAUUUCACCUAACAUCUGUGAAAUGUUCUCUUUUGUCGGCUUGCUGUUGAAAUUGAUCAGUACUUGUGGUGUAGCCUCAGACAUUUGGUAAAUCAACUACCAAUUAACCAGUUAAAUAUCAAUCAAAAUAUUAUCAACAGUGCAAUGGUUUAUAGUGUAACGUACAUUUAAGAAUGCAUCCCUUUUUCGCCGAAGAAAAGCCCCUUGCUAGUAUUUUACUCCACUGGAAUCUAGUAUGCUAUCUAAACUGCAUAUCCCCAUUUAAGCCCUUCGGCAAUGAAUGUGGG